AUCAGCUGUUUGAAGAUGAGCUUCCUUUGGAACCAGUGAGUAUGCUCUACUCCCCAUGUGUUGACUGAUGAACCAGUGACCCUCAGCAGAUGAUGCCAAGAGGUGACUGACAUGGAGGAAGGGGAAGCCCCAGCUGCUCCGGUGUUGGUUGGAGAGAUGAAAGAGGUUAUGACAGCGGAGGGGGAGAGAGAAGAGUCCAUCCACGAGACGGUGUUAACAACAGUGACGACACUGACUACGGUUGUUGACACGACUACAAGAAGGAUGGACGUAGAGGAGGUUGAAACUGACAUAAUAACAGAGGCGGAAGAGGAGAAGGAAGAGAUGGAGAAGGAGGGAAAAGAAUCAGAGAUAGAGGAGGAUGAAAAGGAAGCAGAGAUGGAGGGGGGAGAGGAAGAGAAUGGAGAGAAAGAUGAGAGUCAAGCAAAGAAGCUGUUGGAAACUUGGGAAUCAGAGGCCUCCUCUGAUGAGAAGCCUCCUCUACCAGACCCAGCAUUCAACAGGAGGUGCAGCCUGCUCAUCAGUGAUGUAAAGUAUAAGGAGGACUUUGAGAAGAUGAGGGGUCAGAGUCUGUUUGUUCCUGGAGCCGAACUCAUCCAUGCCAAGAACAUCAGCGCUGUGAUAUCUGAGUCAAAAUACAAAGAGGAGGGAAAAAAGGAAGCGUCGAUGUCACUGUACUCCAUCCUACCAGAUACUCCUGAGACUCAACGUGCCAGAGAGGCUUCAGAGCUGCAGAGUGAGAUUAAAUACAAAGGAAAUGUGAAGACAGAGAUUUCCUCGUCUCUUUAUUCUCUGCUGCCAGAAACCACAGAGACCCAGUUUGUCAAAGAACUGACGGAGAUACUGAGUGAGAAUAAGUACAAGGAGGAAGGAAGGAAGGAGAUGAGCAGCAGUUUGUACUCUCAGCUUCCUGAAACUGCCGAGAUGCAGCUGGCCAAGACCGUCCACGAGUUUCAGAGCGAGAAAAAGUACAAAGAAGAUGGGAGGAGAAAGGCCUCCAUUUCCCUCUAUUCUCAACUCCCCGAAACCCCAGAAAUACAACACGCUCUGGAGGUGUCACAGCUGCAGAGUGAGGUGAAUUAUCGUCCUAAAAUGCUGGUUAAAGGAGCCCCUUCCUCUCUUUACUCUCAGCUCCCCGACACCACAGAGAUCCAGUUUGCCAGAGAGAUGACUGAGAUGCAGAGUGAGAGUAAGUACAAGGAGGGUUGCAGGAUGAGCCUCUCCCAGAGUUUCUACUCUCAGCUCCCAGAGACUUCUGAGACUCAGUUUGCUAAAAGUGUUGCUGAGCUGCAGAGCGAGAUGCGGUACAAGGAGGCGGGUAAGAAAGGCGUGAACUCGUGUUUGUAUUCUCUACUCCCGGAGACUUUAGAGACAGCUCAUGCCAAGGAAGUCUCUGAGCUGCUCAGUGAGGUGAAGUAUAAAGAGGAGGGUAAGAAGGAGAUGAGCAUCAAUCUAUACUCUCUGCUGCCUGAGACCAUCGCCACCCAACACGCUAAAGAGGUGUCAAACCUGCAGAGUGAGCUGAAGUAUAAAGAAGGUCUGAAGCAGAAGAUUCAGAGCAGUUUGUACCAUCAGCUCCCAGAGACCACAGAGACACAGCUGGCCAAACAGCUGUCUGAACUGCAGAGCGAGACAAAGUAUAAAGAAGCUGGAAAGAAGGAGGUAAAUUCCUGCCUGUACUCUCUUCUGCCUGAAACCCUGGAGACACAACACGCCAAAGAGACCACAGAGCUGCUCAGUGAGAUUAAGUACAAGGAGAGCGGGAAAAAGGACAGAUCCAGCUCCCUCUACUCCACUCUGCCUGACACUUCAGAAACCAGCUUCGCCAGAGAGAUGACUGACAUGCUGAGCGAGACUAAGUACAAGGAGAAUGGGAUGAAGACUCUUUCACAGAGUGUCUACAGUCAGCUACCACAGACCGCUGAGACUCAGUUUGCUAAAACUGUUUCUGAGCUGCAGAGUGAGACAAAGUACAAGCAGGGAAAGAAAGACGUGUCCAGCUCUCUGUAUUCCACUCUGCCUGAGACUCUGGAGACACUGCACGCCAAAGAGGCUUCUGAGCUGCAGAGUGAGCUGAAGUACAAGGCAGCUCUGAAGAAAGGUCGCUCUUCCAGUCUGUUCCACCUGCUGCCUGAGACCUUAGAGACAGCCCACGCUAAAGAAGUCUCCGAGCUCCUCAGCGAGGUAAAGUAUAAAGAGGAGGGUAAGAAGGAGAUGAACAUCAACCUGUACUCUCUGCUGCCUGAGACCAUCGACACCCAACACGCUAAAGAGGUGUCAAACCUGCAGAGUGAGCUGAGGUAUAAAGAAGGUCUGAAGCAGAAGAUGCAGAGCAGUUUGUACCAUCAGCUCCCAGAGACCAUGGAGACACAGCUGGCCAAACAGCUGACUGAACUACAGAGCGAGACAAAGUACAAGGAGGCGGGUAAGAAGGAGGUGAAGACAUGUCUGUACUCCGUCCUGCCUCACACUAUGGAGACUCAGCACGCUAAGGAAGCCGCAGAGCUGCUCAGUGAGACCAGAUACAAAGAAGUCAUGAAGAAGGAGAUGUCCAGCUCCCUCUACUCCACUAUGCCUGACACAUCAGAGACCAUCUUUGCCAGAGAGAUGACUGACAUGCUGAGCGAGAACAAGUACAAGGAGGACGGGAAGCGAAGCCUCCCUCAGAGUUUCUACUCUCAGCUUCCAGAAACGACUGAGACUCAGUUCGCUAAAACUGUCACUGAGCUGCAAAGUGAGGUGAAGUACAAAGAAGCAGGAAAGAAAGGAACAAUCAGCUCUCUAUACUCAACUCUACCUGAGACUCUGGAGACACAGCAUGCUAAAGAGGCUUCACAGCUGCAGAGUCAGCUGAAGUACAAGCAGAAAGACGCCUCCAGUCUGUUCCACCUGAUGCCAGAAACCAUCGACACUCACUUUGUCAGGCAGCAGAUGGAGAUGCUCAGUGACGUCAAGUACAAAGAAGAAGGUAAGAAAGAGAUGAGCAUCAACUUAUACUCUCUGCCUGACACCAUCGACAUGCAGCAUGCUAAAGAGCUGUCAGACAUGCAGAGUGAGGCUAAAUACAAAGAGGCCGGUAAGAAGCAGACAUCAAUGUCUCUGUAUCACAGACUACCUGAAACUCUGGAGACACAACAUGCCAAAGAGGCGUCACAGCUGCAGAGUCAGAUCGUGUAUAAAGAGGCUGUUAAGAAGGAGCUGUCGUGUCCAGUUUACCACCAGCUGCCUGAAACCCUGGAGACCCAGUUUGCCCGAGAGCUCACCGACAUGCAGAGCCAAAACAAGUACAAGGAGGACGGGAUGAAGAGCCUCUCUCAGAGCUUCUACUCUCAGCUGCCAGAAACCACAGAGACUCAGUUUGCUAAAAGGGUUUCUGAUCUGCAGAGCGAGACAAAGUAUAAGAAGUCAGGGAGGCAGGAGGCCGGCAGCUGCCUGUACUCUGUGAUGGCAGAAACUCUGGAUACUCAAUACGCCAAGCAGGCCUCCCACAUCCAGAGCCAGGUGAAGUACAAAGAGGACGGGCAGAAGGAGCAGUCAUCCACUCUGUACUCCAGCCUUCCUCAAACUCUCCAAACUGAGCUGGCCAAGGAGGUGACGGAGCUCCAGAGCCAGGUGAAAUACAAGGAGGGACAUAAGAAGGAAGCAUCCUCUUCACUCUACCACCUCCUUCCAGAGACAGCAGAGAUGUAUUUUGCCAAACAGAUGUCAGAGAUCCAGAGCGAGACAAAAUACAAGAAGGACAAAGAGGAUCUGCCCAACACUUUGUUCUCUCUGCUGCCUGAGACUCUGGAGACUCAGUUUGUCAAAGAGAUGGCUGAAACACACAGCGAGGUGAAGUACAAGCAGGCUGGGAAGGAGCAGGCGCAGUCGUCUCUGUACUCCAAACUGCCCGAAACUCUGGAGACUAAACACGCCAAAGAAGUGACUGAACUACAGAGUGAAAAAAAGUACAAAGAUGAGGGGAGGAAGGAGAUGACGUCGUCUCUGUACUCUCAGCUCCCUGAAACCUCAGAGACUCAGUUCGCCCGAGAGAUGACUGAGAUACAGAGUGAGAACAAGUAUAAGGAGAGUGGGAAGAAGAGCCAGACUGUCAGUGUGUACUCCCAGCUGCCAGAGACCAACGAGAUCCAGUUUGCCAAAGCUGUUUCUGAAAUACAAAGUGAGACCAAAUAUAAAGAAGCUGGGAGGAAAGACGCGUCCAGCUCUCUGUACUCGAAGCUGCCUGAGACUCUGGACACUCUGCACGCUAAAGAGGUUUCACAGCUGCAGAGUCAGGUGAAAUAUAAACAGGACAGUAGAAAGGAGGUGAGUGGGUCUCUGUACCACCAGCUGCCUGAAACCACAGAGACACAACUGGCUAAAGAGCUGAGAGACAUUUACAGCGAGGUGAAGUAUAAAGAAGAGGGGAAGAAGGAGAUCAGUAAAAACUUGUACUCUCUCCUCCCUGAGACAGCUGAGACCUUCUUCGCCAAGCAGAUGUCAGAGAUACAGAGUGAGACAAAAUACAAGAAGGACAAAGAGGAUCUGCCCAACACUUUGUUCUCUCUGCUGCCUGAAACGCUGGAGACUCAGUUUGUUAAAGAGAUGGCUGAGACACACAGCGAGGUCAAAUACAAGGAAGCAGGGAAGAAAGAAGCCAGCAGCUCACUGUACCACCGGCUGCCUGAGACUCUGGAGACGCAGCAUGUUAAAGAGGUUACUGAGCUGCAGAGUGAGAACAAGUACAAGCAGAGCGGGAAAAAGUCCAUGUCGUCCAGUUUGUAUGCUCAGCUGCCGCAAACGGCUGAGACGCAGUUCGCCGCCAAGAUGUCCGACCUGCAGAGCGUGAGUAAAUACAAAGAGGACGGGAUCAGAAGUCUUUCUCAAAGCUUCUACUCUCAGCUUCCAGAAACAGCUGAGACUCAGUUGGCUAAAACUGUCUCUGAGCUGCAGAGUGAGGCCAAAUACAAGAAGGCGAACAGGAAGGAGGCGAGCAGCUGUCUGUACCACCAGCUACCUGAAACUCUGGAGACGCUACACGCUAAAGAGGCGACUGAGCUGCAGAGUCAGAUGAAGUAUAAGGAGGACGGUAAAAAGGAGCUGAGCACUAACCUGUACUCUGUACUGCCUGAGACAGAAGAGAUGAAGUUUGCUAAAGCCAUCAUGGAGCUUCAGAGUGAGAAUAAAUACAAGCAGAAAGGCAGGCAGGAAAUCAGCAGCAGUGUCUUCCACCAGAUGCCGGAGACUAAAGAGAUGGAGUUUGUUAAGCAGAUCUCCGAACUUCAGAGUGAGACAAAGUACAAGAAGGACAAAGAGGAUCUGCCUAACGCUUUGUUCUCUCUGCUGCCUGAAACUCUGGAGACUCAGUUUGUUAAAGAGAUGGCUGAAACACACAGCGAGAGUAAAUACAAGGAGGCUGGUAAGAAAGAGCUGGUUAACUCUCUAUACUCUCUGCUGCCUGAGACCAAAGAUACUCAGCAUGCCAAGGAGCAAACUCAGCUGCACAGUGAGAAAGCGUACAGGGAGGAGGGCAAGAAGGAAGCCGGCUGCAGUCUGUACGCCCAGAUGCCCCAAACCAUCGAGACUGUCUUCGCCAAAGAGCUGACCAAAACACAGAGUGAUAAGUUCUAUAAGGAGAAGUAUAACCGUGAGAAAGGGAAGUCCAGCUACAGCAACAUGAAAACACUGCCAGAGGUGGAGCAUGCCAUGGAGGUCAACAAGAACCAGAGCGAUGUCAGCUACAGAAAAGGCAAAGAGGAGCUCCAUCACUAUAGCUCAGCGGCAGACAGACCUGACAUCGUCAGUGCCACGAACGCUGCUAAACUGGCCAGCGACGUUGCCUAUAAGAGUAACACCAAGCAGCCAGUUUACAGUGACAGUUCUCUUUUGGCAAGAACCGACAUCCAGCACGCCAAGGAGGUUUCAAAACUGGCCAGCCAGGUGAAGUAUAAGGAAAGCUUUGACAGAAACUUAAAGGGCCAGAGGCCUUGUUACAACCCGCUGGAGUGUCUCUCUUUCAAACACACACAAGCUGCUGCUGCUCUGGCCAGUCAGGUGAAGUAUAAGACCAACCAGAGCCACAAACCUGAGGGUUCUUCAGACAUGCCCAACCUCCUGCAGCUGGAGCACGUUCUUUACGCCAGCAAGCUGCAGAGCAACGUGGAGUACAAGAAGAAGUAUGAGCAGACAAAGGCUCUGUACCAUACAGCUCUGGACACAGCUGAACAGCUCCACCAUAAGGAGAAUGCAGUGCUGCACAGUCAGGUGAAGUACAGAGAGGAGUAUGAGAGGAACAAAGGUCGCUCUCAGAUGGAGUUUGGAGAUACUCAGACCUACAAAGUGUCUAAAGAAGCACAGAAGAUGCAAAGCGAGAGAGCGUAUCGGAAGGACUAUGAGGAGCAGAUAAAGGGGAAAGCUUUGGUGGAUGUAGACCAGACACCUGGAUACCUGACAGCCCGCCAUGCCAGCAGCCUGCUGAGUGAGAAGGAGUACAGGAAGGACCUGGAGCAGGAAGUGAAGGGGCGGGGCUUAUCUGGCAUCGGGCUGGAGGAAACACCUGAGCUACUGAGGGUUAAAAAAGCCAAUCAGAUACUGAACCAGAAGGAGUACCGCAGGGACUUAGAGAGGGAGAUCGUGGGUAAAGGCAUGGAGCUAAGUGCUGGCGUCCUCGAGAUCCAGAGAGCCAAGAGAGCUUCAGAGAUCCAGAGCCAGAGGUCCUACAAGCAGACGGAGCAGCUCAGAGAAAACUCAUAUGGGUCGGUUACAGACACUCCUGAAUUGCUGCACGCCUCCUACCUCAAAGACGUCUACAGCCAGAGGUCCUACAAGCAGACGGAGCAGCUCAGAGAAAACUCAUAUGGCACGGUUACAGACACUCCUGAGCUGCUGCACGCCUCCUACCUCAAAGACGUCUACAGCCAGAAGAAGUAUAAGGACGAAGCAGAGCGUCUGAAGGGACACUACAGUCUGGUGUCAGAGACACCUGAGAUGGAGAGAGUCAAAGCCAACCAGAGACACAUCAGCUCUCUGCGCUACUGCUGGGACUCCAAGCUGAUGAGAGGCCUGAUGUCUUCAGUCACUGAGACGCCAGAGAUCGUCCUUGCCAGGGAGAAUGCCAAGAAGAUCAGUGAUGUCCAGUACAGAGAGGAAGUGGGGCGUGGCACCGCCGUCAUGGAUACGCCUGAGAUGGAGCGAGUCCGACGGAACCAGGAGAACAUCAGCUCAGUGAAGUACCAGCGUGGGCUGCAGGAGAUGAGAGGACGCAGCUGCACUGAGCUGGACACACCUGAGUACAGGCGUGUCAGGAAGUCACAGGACUCCGUCUCCAUGGCCAAGUACCACGAGGACUUUGAGCGAGCACGCGGACGAGGCUGCACGCCAGGACUGGACGACCCCAGCAUGGAGCGGUACCAGAGAGCCAAUCAGAUGAUGGGAGAGGCAGGAUACAGCAAAGGGAUCCACCCCCAGGCCAUGGAGAUGGACAGACGACCAGGAGGCAUCAUUGUAGACCUGAAGGUUUGGAGGACAGACCCUGGCUCCAUCUUUGAUUUUGACCCUCUGGAGGACAACAUCCAGUCCAAGAGCCUCCGCAGGAUGUCCGAGCGGGCUGACCGCAGACUCAGCAGGCAGCACUCCCAGCAGUCUCUCACCCACAGCCAGGCUCAGUCCGUCAGCUCUCUGACCUCUGACCUCUGGGACCGUAGCAGCGCAGAAACUCCUGCUCCAGUCCUCCCUGGAGCGUAUCAUCAGGGCGUCCACAUGCAGCAGCAGCAGCAGUAUCACGGCUACAUGCACCAGACCAGCAUGUCAUCUGUCAGAUCCGUCACCUCCCCGCCUCACUCAGCCACCAUGCGUGUUUACAGGGCACUGUACGACUACGCGGCUCAGGACCAUGAUGAGGUCUCGUUCAGAGAUGGUGAUGUCAUCAUUAACGCUCAGCCCAUCGACGAGGGCUGGAUGUACGGCACCGUGCAGCGGACCGGCAAGUCUGGCAUGCUGCCGGCAAACUACGUGGAGUGUUGCAACUAGAGGAGGAAGGAGGGUGAGGGUCAGGCAGCGGUGAAACGUAAAGAAUGAAAUCCACCCUCACUGUUAUAACAUCAGCAGUCUGUGAUGUUCUUUGCAUUUCAGGGAUAGAAAAUACAAAGUGACAUCACAUCCAGAUGUUUUCAGAUGUUCAAGUGGAGUUUAAAAAGCAGAAAAUCAGUUAUAUCUGAAACAGUUAAGCAUCUGUUAAAACCAACAUGCAGCAGUCACACACAGGAAGAUCCAUCACAGACAACAAAUCAGAGACAAGUUUUACCUCCACUGGAGCAGGAAAUAGACCAGAAUGCAAUGCAGAUAAAGGGGCAGGGUGUGGUAUAACUGAGGGAGGUGGCUGCAUUUCCAUCAAACAUUUCUAGAUAUUUGUCUUUGGGUGUUAUCUAAUGUUAUUUUGUGAGACGUAGGCAGUCACUGGCUAAAGAAGAGGUAGUCAAGGAUCUGAAUGGAAUUAGAUUCAUCAAAAGAAGUAUAUUGACAGUUGACACUUGAUCACAAAAUAUCUGCUGGAAUACCCUGAACAUUACGGACUGCUGACACCAGCUGACAGAAAUCUGAGGACAGUGAUUUCCUUCUGUUGAGGUGGAAAGAAAAACAGGAGAGACAAGAAGCAAAGGUAUAAAUCUAGCAUGCAGUCAAUAAGUUAUGUCAAAUAUUACAGCUAGAGAUGAGAGCGGAAGGAUGCAUGAAGAAAGAAGGUCUGAGAGUUUAGAAGCAUCUGUAGUUUUUUAAUGGCCUGCAAACAAAACUAGAUCAGAUUAUAGACUCUGAUUUUAAGGAGUGCACUUCAAGCAGAAUAAAUUUAUCUAUAAAGUGAAAACAAAAGCAAUUAAGUCUGAUUAUUGGGCUUGGAAGUUUAAAAUUAAGGUCUGGUGAUAUUCUAGAUUUAACUUGUUGUCGAUAAAUCCCAUGAAAAUAACUAAACUAACAAGUAUUAUGUGUGUAUCUUCAGCCUGAUAUAUGUUCUUCCUCUGAUCCACAGAGCUCCAUUGUUGUUAAAAACACAUCAAUACUCACAGAUACUCACUAGAGCACCAAAUGUGGAUUAAUCUGCCGCUGGAAGUAGUCCCCAACAAAACUUUUUCUUCUGUUUGUCUGAUAAAAACUACAGUUAGCAGCUGUUUCAAGGAAUUACAGAUGAAAUAUUUGUGUUUUUAAAGAUUUACAUCUUCAGUAGGAUCCUAUGGGCUUGGAUCUUAGAGACAGACAGGAAGUCAAAGAGGGAGGUCAAAGUCCCCCCUCUUCUGGUGGACCACCAUGGGACUUUAUUUUGAAAAAAAAAGAAAAAUAUGUACAACACAAAUAAGUGUUUUAAGCCCAGGUAAAUUUUGCCAUGAAUUACACGUGGCAAAAGAUAAUUUUACAAGUCAAGAAAGUCACAGUUUGUCCUUAAACACUUGAAGUAAAAUACCGUAAUAUAUUACAAAGACUACACACUAAAAAGUUGAGUAAGUGAUGGAUCUGGCUCUACAAGCUCACUCUCAAAGAACCUACCAAUUCUCCUUUUCACAUAACUGCAGCUCUCAACAUGGCCCAUCUUGAUUUUAACCUCUAAAUUAAGGAUGCACAAUAAUAUUGGCACAUCAUCAGUAUUGGCCGAUACUGGCUUUAAAAUUAAUGAUCAGAAUCAUCUGACAUGCUUCUUCUUAUUUUGCCCAAUGAAUGAAUAUUACAUACAGUGACAAGUAUUGUAUUGUAUUUCAUGUCUCCAUAUAGGGGCCGUCAGGAUAAGAGUAUGCAUUCAUUAUAUGAUGUUAAUUCCACUACAGAAGAGACUUGAUUAUCACUAAAAUUAGGUAGGGAAAAAAGUGGAUAUAUCGAUAAGAUAAGAUACACCUUUAUUGAUCCCACAAUUUAGAAAUACCAGUAUUGGUUAUCAGUCAAAUGAGUUGUUACAUAUCGGCAAAAAAUCCAAUAUCAUGCAUCCCUACUUUUAAUUCCUUUCUUCCAUUGUGGAAGAAGGAAGUGAAACACGCCAAGGUAACAGCCAUGUUGGUGUUAGUGAUGUGUAUAGUGCAAGACGAGCGAUGUAGUUCACUGAGUGACUUUCUUGACUUGCAAAAUUAGCUUUUGAUCCAACAAAGAUUGUAUAUUAUUUUUUCAAAAUAAGAUCCCAUGGGGAACACUAGAAGGUAUGGGACUUCAUCUCUCUAAUGAGGGAUGGAUUAAGGGUAUGUUCGCGUGUGCCAAACUAACACCGGGGAAUAUUCGCCUUCUGUUCACUUCCAUUCAGUGCCAGCAGAGGGGUGAAUAAAACAUUUGUUUCUGGCGGCAAAGCAACCUCACAUCUUGGCAUAGCAUAAAGUUCACCUUUGUUUACCUUUAAAGUCGCAGCUUCAACCAAAAGGCAAAGAAGUAUGUGUGGAGGAGACAUUGGUUGUUAUUGUGUCUAACCAGCUGAUAUUGCAUGAUAUUGGCCGUGAAAAAUACAAACUGCACGACAUGAGAGAUGUUGCCUGUCUGGCAGUGAGUCUGGAGACAGGCAUGGAAUGUAAGACAACGGAAAUGUACCAUUAACGUUACAUUUUGUGGUAUUGAUUAGCAAGCUAGCUUUCCAUGUCCGUCACAUCACGUACUCCCCACAUUCAGCACAAAUAUUGCCUCAGUGGGUGUUGGUCACAUACCUACAUUCACCCAUGUGUGACCGUGCCCUAAAGCUGUGUUCACAGCGAGCACAAAGUGAAUUUUCACCUCACUUUACCUACCCAAACACGGCCACUGGAGUAGGUAUUUCUUUGUUUGUUUGUUAUUUUACAACAGGCGAAUAUUUGCCCUUAACCACUGUGCUAACAGUUGUGCUUACUAACUGGGGAAGGCUGGUAACAGCUAACCUGGUUUGUAGUACAGUACAGCUGAUAGCUGGAAUCAAGUGAUAUAAACACUGAGGCUCUGUGCACAGAGCUAGCGUGAACCAAGACAGUAAAAUUCAUUAUUUUUCAUACUGUCCAUGGCAGCACAUUAAAGGUCCAGUAUGUAAGAUUUAGGGGGGUGUUGUGGCAUCUAGUAGUGAGGACUGCAGAUUGCAACCAGCUGAAAAUGGUUAGAAUUCCUUCAGUGUUGAAUGUUCAGGAGGUUUUUACCAGGAGCUGAAUAAUUUGCAGAGGUCUCUUUCUCUCCAAAACAAACAGGCCAGGUGAUUGAAACCAGUAAAAACACUGAAUGAAGCAGUUUGACAAAAAAACAAAACAAACAAAAAAAACAUUUUCAGACACUCUUCUCAUGGAGAGGCUGCAAACUGUGGUGGCCAACUCAAAAACAAAAUUGUCCCUAUCUGGAGCCAGUGUUUGCUUUGUCCGUUCUGGGGACUGUAGAAACAUGGAGAUGCAACAUGGCGAUCUCCGUAGACAAGGACCCGCUCCAUAUGUAGAUAUAAAUGGCUCAUUCUAAGGUAACAAUACACUAAUUAUACACUUGAUUAUACACUAAAGAAAACGUAUGUAUUAAAUUCAAUUUCUGCCAAUAUAUCCCCCUAAAUCCAACACACUGGACCUUUAAGGCUCAGUUAUGCUUUCCUCACAAACGCCUACACAGGAUUGUGAUGAGAAAACAGGUGGAUCUUGUACACUCUGUACAGUUUCUCCCUAUGGCAAACCAAUAUUCUCCCAAACUGCAGGGAAAGUGUAGCAAGUACUCACAUCUGCAGUAUGGUACUUCACCCAUCCACAUCUGCGUAAAAUGACGUGCACGUACCAAGUGGCAACCUCUGAGACUGCAGAAAUAAACGUGUUUACAGUCUGGUACAAAAAACAGUUUUGGUCUCUAUAGAUAAUUUCAGCAUUUGUACAGGGGGUGAAUUUUUAUGUACCUCAUUUAUUUAUUAAGGCCCAAAGUUGUUAGUAUAGUCGGUGAGUCAGAUCCAAAUCCUGAGUCCACAAACCAAUGGGUGAUGUCACGGUGGCUGCGUCCAUUAUUUCAUACAAUCUAUGGCAGGGACAGGCAAAAACUUGCCACACACAACCCUUGCUAAGGGCCACAUCUGAUGAUGUGACGUCACUUUGUGUACACUCACGACCCUCUCGUAUAAUAAAUCAAAUAUUACCACUCCACACCAUACGUUGUUUACCUUCCACAAUACAAGACCAACUUAAAUUACCCAGAGUAUUUUGCUAAGCAUACAUAAAUAGCACAAAUCAUUUGCAUCGCCCGCCAUAUUUAUGUCUAUUCAUGUCUUUGCACCGACUUUGCAUUGACUUUAAAUUUAAUCUCAGCAUGCAACACUCACUUGUUCAUUGUGAAUGCACCAAUACACACUGUUUGUUUUGUUAGUUUUUGAUAAGAUUUUUUGACAAUAACAAAAAAUGUUGAAUAACACCAGACUUACCCUUGAAGGACGGUGGUGAGAUGAAGAGGAGCGGAGGAAAGAAACACAUGAAGAUCUGAUGUUUAUGUUUUAGAGUUGAGUUUGAGAGUAGGAAAAAUGUACUUGAGAGUGAUGCAACCAAAGGAAGGAGGGACGAGUGGAGGAAUUGAAGAAGUCGACAAUAACAAGUUAAUGAGAACAAGGUUUAGAGAUCUCUCAAGAUUAAUCAUUUAUUUAUCCUGAGUUUUAAUUCAUGUUCAGGUGAGUGUAGUUUUUUUUUUUUUUUUUUUUUUUGAAAGACAGAAAGCUUCAGUUUUAAACAGCAACACUAACCUCUGUGUUUGUACAGGACUUAACUAACACACUGUGUCUUUCUGUUUCUUUUUAACUCAAUGAAUUAAAGUGUCCAGAUGAUUUAACACACAGUAACAGUUUACGUGGACUGAAAUCUGAACAGACUGUGUGAGUACGUCAGGCCUUGAGAUUUCUGUAUGUCGCAAACUAUUUUGAUACACAGGCUCCCGUCUACGUUUUGGAAAGAAAUAUUUUACUCUUUUACCUGUAUGUAUCCGGUAAGUCGUGUUUUUAGGGUUUGUUGUCUUGCUGUGUGGAUUGCAUCCCGGUCAUGUACUGAAUAAAAACUUCACUCAGCCAUGAUUUGUCAUUUUAGCUGGAGAGCAUUUUGUAUGUUUGAUUUCAUAAAUACUAGAUGCAAUAGAAUAUAAUUUACUGAGUAUUCACUUGUUAACUGUGUUGAUUUUGCUUUUGUGUCAUUUUAUAAAAAUCCUUUUUAUUUUCUUGCAUUGAGGAUUUUUGGCUUCUAAUGUCACCAUUGUAAAGUUUUGAUUUAGUCUGUAUGUUAUCACAGAUUAUACUCACAGUUUAUUUACAUAUUAUUUGAAAUUAUAUAUCACUCAAUCUCAGCUGUGUUUUUUUUUUUUUUUGGCCAUAUGAUAAUUGCAGUGUGUUUCAUGUGGUAGAAAUAAAAAAUAAUUUGUCA